AUGACGGACCAUGAAGGAGCACUCGGAAAGCUGCGUCUGACUGCCCAGGACUGGGAUUUGCUGUGUAAAGUCCAUGCUUUCCUUCAACCAUUUACUUCGGCUACGCUGUUUGCGGAAGGAGAUAAGUCGUCUAUUUCUCAAUCCCUGCCUUUAAUGGACGCCCUUCUUGCCCAUAAUGAGAGAAACAAGAUGUACUACUCCCAGGAGGAGCACCAGGAUUCGAAGAUGAUUCGGGCAAGUGAAAUGGGCUGGUUUGUCCUUGAUAAGUACUAUAACUUGACCGAGGAGGCGCCCGUCUAUGCUGCCGUUCUUCUUCUUGAUCCCUCUCGCAGAGCUUCCUACAUUGGGAAGAACUGGCCAGUUUCAUGGGUCGAGCCCGCUAUUGAAGCAGAUAAUGCACUGUGA